AUGGCGCGAAAGUCGGGUGUGCGGUCAAAGUCCAAGUCGAAGAAGAAGGCGCCGCCGCCGCCCCCCGUAGUUCUUUAUGCCACGAAACUGGAGGAGUUUGGAGCGUUGGUGUUGCAGCACAAGGGUGCAUGUCUUGUUGCUGUUCUGACGUCUUUCUGCAGUCGUUGCACACGAACCGUUAUGCCCUUCUUGGAGAAGUUGAAUUUGGAGCGGCCAGGUGUGCUAUCGGCGCUGAAUAUCGUGGUGAUUAACGCCAGCGAUGAGUCAGCAGAGUUGUGUCAGUCACUGGAAGUAGUUUCCGUUCCUACUUUUUUUGCCUAUUCCUACGGGAAGCGACUCAAUGUUUUUUCAGGGGACAAUGUGGAGAAGGCACUCCUGCUUGCAAAGUUGGCGGCGCAGAAGGCAGAGGAGGAUAUGAAAGAAGCGAAGAAAGAGGAGGAAGCAGCGGCAGCAGCAACAACAACAGAUGCAGCAGAUGCAGCAGCAGCGGAAACAGUAGUGAAAGCAGCAACACCUGAAGGCUAA